CCUUAAUUAAAUAUACAAAUAUAUAUACAGAGACAGUCACUGAAUUCUCGUAAAAAAUAAUUUGUAGGUGAAUUAUAUUUGAAAUUAAUCAUUCUUGUGUAAAAAAUGGGAAACUCUUGCAUGGCAGCAUCGUCAAUGGAAUGGGAUGGAGAGGACUGGGAAUCUAUAAAGCAGCCAAAGCAAUGUUCAUCAUCAACAAGCAACAAGGUGUUUGACGAAGCUAUUUAUCUUGAUCAUCAUCAGAAUAAGGAGAAUGAUGUAUUAGGAAAGCUUAGAGAUUCUUGUGAUGCAAAUGGGAAAGUCACGUUGAAGAUUUCAAAGUGCGAGCUAGCUGAGUUAUUAGGAGCAAUACAACAGAAAAAUAAUAAUAAUAAUCAACAAACGCAGAAGCAGAUGAAGAAAAAGAAGAAGGAAUUAGGUUCUGCAGAACAAGUUUUGUUUCGGUUAAUAAAGGCUAGAGAUCACGAAAUUGCAAAAGAGCAUCAUUGGAGUAGUCACUGGAAACCAGUCCUAGACACGAUUCCAGAAUUUUAAUUAAUAAUUAGUAAAAUACUAAGAUUAGUUUAUUUGUGCAGUAUAAUUUUAUUAGGUAUCUAUAGCCAUGUAUGUACAUCUUGGUGACGUAUGUGAUCUCCUCUUUAAUUAUCUAAGUCAAGAUACACAGUGUUAAAUGACAAAACAGCAAGUGAAUGAAGUCUUCAAAAGCU